UUCCCGUAAAAUGAAGAUUAAGAGUUAAGUAUCAUACAGAUCAUCAUCAUGAAAGCUACAACAAUGAGCAAAACAUGGAAGCAACUUUUCUUGGUCUUUGCAUUUCUCUUUACUGAGUCUCAAGGCCAGGGCAAAUCCUCUUGCUCCUCCGCUGAUUUCUCUUUUGACCAGCUUCAUAAACAACUUCAGAACACAAAAGACUGCUUGGAAGCUACAUCUGAAAAGUGGACAACACACCAAAAUGCAGAUUUUUUUAACCAGCUACUCACGUUGACUGAAAUUAUCCAGAAACAACAAAACACUGAGUUAUUGAGGUUACUGCCAGCAAACUGUUCUGUUCCAGUAGUGCCCAGGGAUGGAGGCCUGCUGUGUGUGUCUGCUGAGAAUAACAUCUACUGUAAACCAAUGUGCAAUGCGGGUUAUGAUUUCAACCUCAUAAGAAGAUCAAGACUGUACGAGAAAUGCGGCGCUGCUUCCCAACACAAAUGGACAACACAGUACAUAGGUGGCAACAGGCUGGCUGACUGCACUAAGUCUCACAUAACGGUGGCUGGCGCCCCGUCUGCCUUCUUUCCUGAGGGCAAGGACUGUCACAAGACAAAGAGCAAUGAACAACUAAUAAGGAAUAUCACAAACAUCUUUCGUUCAGAGCUUAUUAAGGUCUUUAGAUUUAAAGGAUUAACAUCCUUUAAUUCCACCUGCCUUAUCUGUGGUCAGAACCAGAAAUAAGAGGAAAUGAAGAGAUCCAAAAGUGUUCCACAUUAAAAAAUAAUGAAUGAUUCAACAUGUAGAACAACAUCUGGUUUUAUGAAACUAUAUGUGGCUUGAAAAAGAGCAUUUAAGGAAAUUAACACUUACUUACCAUUACCAAUAAAAAUUAAAUAAUCAAAUUAACAGUGUGUCAAGACAAAAUGCAAAGCACUAAAGCAAUGCUACUACAAUACAAAGGCAACCACAUUCAUUCAAUAACAAUGCAAAUGCUAUAGCAAAAUAAUGUAUCUUCAAAGUAAAGUAUAGAUUGUCAUGGCUCUGUCUCACUUAGUCAUGUUUUUCUUGGUCCUGUGACAGUCAUGACAAAGCCUUUGUUUAUGUGUGGAGAGAGACAUAUUGUUGUCCUUUUGACAAUAAUAUGCGUUCUCUCCAGUGUCUUGUCAUUGGCCCCGCCCCUCUGGUUUCAUGUAUUGCUUUCCUUCCGUGUCUAAUGUUUCCCACCUGCCCUCGCUCGUUAUCCCUCGUUUGUCUUCCCUAUAAGAUGUUCUCAUGUUUCAUUGUCUUGUGCUCCUGUAUUGCGUUCGAUACGUUCCAUGUCUCCUGAGCUUUCUUGUUGUUUCAUGCUUGUGUUCCUGUUUAAAGUCUCCGUCAAGUUUAGUAAGUUUUUAGUUUAGUUUUGUCCAGUUAUGUUUAGCGUUGUUUAGUGUAAAUCAGUCUUCGUCCUGUU